AUGCAGUUAAAAGUAGUUGCUGUUCUUUUCUAUCUGUUGCUCCCCGCUGCCGUUCUCUCGGCUCCCAUCGAUGCCAGUGAAGCAAACGAGUUGUACGCCCGCGCAGCCGUCGUCAACGUCCACGCCGACCCUACCGGAGACUUCAAGACCCUCCUACACAAACCCGCCGACCCCGAGGCCCUCGAGGAAGGAUGCAGCGCAAAAGAAAAAAAGGAGCACAAAAAGCAGGACAGAAUCUGCCGCAAGUGGAAGGACGUCCACGCCACCUUCGUGAACACUGUCACCCCGCGUGUCGUCGCCGCGAUACAUGCCGCCGAGGCCGCGCUGGACCUCCCCAGCCCGAUCGACGUCCUGGUGAAGAGCGAUUACCAUGAGAACAAGGCGCACGAUGAUCUCUUCCACUGGACGUUCUCGUUUGCGGCGCCGGUGUGCGGGGGACGGUGUGUGGGCCACGCGUAUAAGGCAGGCGAGGUGAGGCAGGCGAGGAUCUUCAGUGCGGACCAUAGGACACUUUUUGGGGCCUAG